AUGCUCGGCGAGUCCGAGCCGUCGUCCCCGUACGGAACGAGGGAGGUACCCCAAAAGCGAUACCUCAAGACCAAGGGCGGCGGGCUCAAGAUCAAGGGAGGCUGGACCCCGGAGGAGGACGCGCAUCUCCUGAGGCUCGUCGAGGAGCACGGCACCAAGGAGUGGUCCAAGAUCGCGCGCCUUCUCCACAUGCGCGCGGGCAAGCAGUGCCGGGAGCGCUGGCACAACCACCUCCAGCCCAACAUCAAGAGAGGGCCGUGGACGGAGGAGGAGGAACGCGCUCUCAUCGCCGCGCACGAGAAGCUCGGCAACCGCUGGGCCGACAUCGCCGCCGAGAUCCCCGGACGGACGGAAAAUGCAGUCAAGAACCACUGGAACGCCACCAACCGCCGCCGG